AUGCCCUUAGGAUCUAUUUCCUUUAUUCAAAUACUAUUUUUAUAACCCAUAAUUCUAUAUCAAAAUUGCAUAGAUUAGAAUAGGAAUGAUUGUGAGAAUCAUGGUUGGUCUCUACCUGGAAAUGUUUUCGACUGUUCAGGAAAUUUAAUUAUUGGAAAUUAUAUUUUAGACUAGAUUGUAGAGAAAACAUUUGAAAUUCCUCCUCAUUAAUUGUUAAGAUUUUCUGUGACAUUUUAUAAAAUUGAUUCUUGGGAUAGUGAAGGAUUUGAAGUUUCUGCUAAUGAUAAUAUAAUUUUUAAAAAGAUUUUAGCUGAUUAAGAUGGGAAUCAAAAUUUGUGUGGAAAAACUACUUGGAAGGAUAUGCCUUUUUAUUAUGAAAAAGAAAUGAAAAUAUCUGAAUUUGAGUUAAAAAUUAAAUUUUAAAAUCAUUUAGAUUAAGGUCUUGAUGAUGGUAUUUUUUUAGCUUAUGAUGAGAAUAAUGGGGAUUUAGAAAUUUUACUCUAGAAAUUUUGAUACCUUGCGUGGAUUUUUAUGAGGAAUGCAAUUAUCAGGGAUAAUUAUUUUAAAUAUGUUAAGGAGAUAAGACUUAAUUUUAAUCAGAGAUUCCAUUUGAAAUACGAUCAAUUAGAAUGAAUAAUAAUACAGUUCUAAAAUUAAGAGGACCUCAAUAUUCAGGAGGAAAUACAUAAUAAUAUACAACAAGCUAACCUUGCCUUGAUUCUUAUAAGGUAAAAUUAACAAAUUUAACUAGUUUCCUAAAGUUGUAUAGAUAGAAUGA